UUUAAAUAACUUUGUUGACUGAGAACUGCUACAUUUAAGAAAUUCAUCGACAUAUUAAUAAGAACAACGUGAAAAUGAAGGGUGUGACUCUCUUAAUCGUUGUAUUAUGCUUUCAUUUAAACUUUGUAAAUGGAGAUUCCCAAGUUUUAGAAUCAAAUCCAGGUGCUGUCGCCAAUGAAAUGUGUAAAAAAUACACUAAAGAUAUCAAAAAGAAUAAUAUUUGUCCUGUCCCGCUAGAUACAAGCAUUAUUAGAGGAAAUGUAGCAGGAAAAGGAGAAUUUGCUCAUAUGGUACAACUUGCUUAUAUCAAAAAUAAUGAAACUAAAUAUCUUUGUAGUGGUUUCAUUAUUAGUAAAAAUUACGUUCUUACCUCAACCCAAUGUGUUUCUGGAGAAGGGGCAGAUCAGCCAGAAUUUGUAAGAGCUGGAGUGACAGAUGAAAAGGAUGUGACAAAUGAGCAGAUACGAUCCAUUCACACUAUUCUAGCCCUUUUAUAUAUAGCGCUUAUUAGGGUCAAAGAAGAUUUUAACUUUAAUCAGUUUGUGACUCCAGUGUGUUUAUACACUAGCAACGAGAACCCAGCUGGACCAGGUAUUCAUACAGGAUGGCGUCCAACUGACAUUGGAGAAGACAAGCAAACAAACAUGAUACAACUUUUCCUUAAUUUUGAUAGUAAUGAAAAUUGCAAUAACACCCUUGUUCCUACUGAAAAAGGUGUAUUACCGGAGGCUAUAGUAAAAAAUAAGAUAGUGUGUGCUGGAGGAAAGACAACUGAUGGGUGCCAGGUUGAUUCUGGCAGUGCUCUGCAGAUAGAUCGCAAAGAUAGUAAUGAGGAACCAUGCAUGUAUUAUGCAGUAGGAGUUUCAUCCUUCGAAUCAAGAGCUUGUGGCAAGAAAGAACUACCAGCGGCUUUUAUCAGAAUUUCAUAUUAUAUCAAAUGGAUUGAAAAUAACGUCUGGCCUCCAGCAAAUAAGAGAAUCCGUUUCUUUUAGUUGUGAACAAGGAAUAGUAU